CAGACUCUGGGGGAGGGGGGGCACAAAGCAGCGCGCUCAACAUGAAGACUUAAUUUGCGGAGAUUCUUUCCAGCGAGGACAGCGAGAUAUUUCUCCCCCUGGUCUCUGAGCGGAACUUCAAACCCGGCUUGCAGCGAGGGAUCUGAGAGGCGAAACAAAGUGCGUUCCAGCGACGCACGCCCAGCGCGCUUCUGUCUCCGCGCUGACAAAUCCUGGAUGAGCCCAAAAGUGUCCGCUUCAGCACCCGAGGAGAGGACAGCUCCCCUCUCCUUCGGACCUCCAGUCCGCGAACUCUGCUUUAGGCUGUCACCAUCCACCCGUCCAGCCGGACUCUCCUGUAAGUCUGAAAGAAGUGUGAAAAUCCUAAACUAAAACUAACAAAAAAAAAAAAAAAAAAAAAAAAAAAAAAAGCAUCCGCUGACGGAGAGAUCCGCGACUGACUGCGAGAGCAAUAUGUACCAGGGGCAUUUACAGGGGAAAGACUCUAGGGCUGCAGAUAAGACUGUUGCCAUGGUCCUGAAGGAGAUACCCAGUAAGGCGUCAUCAGAAGGGAAGCCCCUCCUCACAGUGACUACCAAGCUGGUGAGCGAGCAACAAGAGAGCCGUCCGCUUCUGAGCCCUUCCAUCGACGAUUUCCUGUGCGAGACCAAGUGUGAUGGAGUUUCCCGCCCAGUGACUUCCAACACGGCUGUUUUGUCUUCAUCCCUGGACCUGCUUGAUCUAAGUGAACCUGGAGAGAGGAGGAACAACAAGGAGAGGAAGAGCACCCUGUCAUCCCGCAGUGACGCCCAGAAGAAUAACUCACACAGGAAAAAGACUGAUGAGACCGAGCUGAUCCAAGUGGAGGUCGAACACACAGGAUCAAUCAUGCGAACCCCUGAGAGGGCAUCAUUAGACUCAGUUACCAUUGGUUCAUUGGAUAAAUGGGAAGACCUUAAUCCCAACCCAGAGAGGAACGGAAACAGAAAGUGGAAACUGGAGAGACGGCGUUCUUCCAAAAAUUCAUCCAGCGAGUUUUUGUGGUCCAUAGACUGUAAAAGUCAGCUCGACGUAUCAAAUAAGAACAUCUUGGAAGCAAAUACCAAAGUGGAGCCGGAGUCUGCCCUGGCAUCACAACUCAACAGGCAGUAUAUUAGUGGAAGACAUGCUCGGCUAACGAAGGAGCAGCGGUGGGGGAGCGCCCUCUUGUCCAGACACCAGUCCCUGGAGGAGGAGUUUGAACGAGCCAAGGCUGCUGUUGAGUCGGACACCGAGUUCUGGGAUAAGAUGCAGGCAGAGUGGGAGGAGUUGGCCCGACGAAAUUGGCUGACAGAAAAUGAGCAGGCACAGAUUCCCUCCUCCGUUUCUCCACAUGAGAAGGGUUACUACUUCCACACAGAUAAUCCUUAUAAGGACUUGCCUAAUGCAUUCGAAGAGGGACUAAAGAAAUCUCGAGAGGGAGACUUGCCAAACGCUGUGCUUUUGCUGGAGGCUGCUGUGUUGCAAGACCCUCAUGACUCAGAGGCUUGGCAAGUGUUGGGGACCACCCAGGCUGAAAAUGAGAAUGAGCAGGCAGCAAUUGUCUCCCUCCAGAGGUGUUUGGAGCUCCACCCGAACAACCUUGCAGCUCUUAUGGCUCUGGCGGUGAGCCUGACCAACACUGGUAUGUGCCACGAUGCCAGUGAGGCCCUGCUCCGCUGGCUGAGGCACAACCCCAAGUACAAGCACCUGCUGAAGGGCAAGACCCACCUGAUGGGCUCUCCAAACUCCCAGCGCAGGAUGUCCCAGGUUCCCAACAUCAGCAGACAUGACAGUUCGCUGCUACCGGAGGUCAAGGAGCUCUUCCUGGAAGCCGUCCAACACAACUCUGACAGCAUUGACCCGGAUUUGCAGACGGGCCUGGGAGUGCUCUACAACCUCAGUGGAGAGUUCAACAAAGCUGUGGAGGCCUUCAACACGGCCCUCUCAGUGCGGCCCGAGGACUACCUGUUGUGGAACCGUCUGGGGGCCACACUGGCAAACGGGGACCGGAGCGAGGAGGCGGUGGAGGCUUACACAAGAGCCCUCGAGCUGCAGCCUGGGUUUAUCAGGUCCCGCUACAAUCUGGGUAUCAGCUGUAUAAACCUUGGCGCUCACAGAGAGGCAGCCAGUAACUUUCUGACUGCGUUAAGCCUCCAGAGGAAAAGCCGAAGUCGCCAGCAGUCCCAUCAGGUGAUGUCUGGAAACAUCUGGGCUGCUCUGAGGAUAGCUUUAUCCAUGAUGGACCAGCCGGAACUCUUCCAGGCUGCAAACAUUGGAGACUUAGAUCUUCUUAUGCGGGCCUUUAACUUAGACAUGUGAAGAACAGGAGGUGGCGUUUCCCCCUGUACUCACUCUCUUAUUACUACCCAACAGCCAAAAGCCCAAAGUGCACACGUCAGCGCAUCAGAAUCUACUAAUGUAUGUUAACGACAGUUGUGUGUGUGUGUGUGUGUGUGUGUGUGUGUGUGUGUGUGUGUGUGUGUGUGUGUGUGUGUGUGUGUGUGUGUGUGUGUGUGUGUGUGUGUGUGUUUAUGCACGACAAAAUACCUACAGUCAUCAAAGCUGUCAUAUUUUUCGCCCAAGUACCUUGGAGCAGUUCUGGGGACAGGUUUUUCUAGGUUUGAAGGGACUGCUUUGUGAUGGAUUUGCACUGCAAUUUGUGAUUUCCCUGAGGAGCACAAGGACGGGCAAAGAUUGUACGAGCAAUGCCUUAGAGAACACAUCAAUUAAAAACUGACUCAUCCAGUGGAACAGAGCUGAAGCAGGAGAGACGCGCAGGCAGACGGUUUGAGAAGGAGAGGACCCAUCACACACCGUUGGCAGAGAAAAGAGUUUUUGAGAGGAAAAGCUAAAUGUUUCACUGAAGAUUGUCUCGCCCGCUUUUCUUCACGAAGGAGCAAAUGAUGAAGACUGCACCGUAUAACCUGGAGCUGCAGAUUCUGCUACUGGCUUGUUUUCAUCCUUUUUCAUUGGAGAGUAAUGAUACUGCAUGAAUAAGCCUUUUCGUAGAUGGGAUUCCUGUU